CUCCCACACCACUCUCUCUCUCCUCUUUCUCUCUCUACCAUCUCUCCAAAUCUCACUUGUUUCAAUUUCACAGACGCCAACAAAAUCUUACUUUUUUUUUAGGUUAUCCGUUUGGAACUGUACAAUUAUCCUUGGCUUUUUCUCUGCUUUCAUGAUUGAUGGUUCUAGUUUCGCGGCGUGUUUUAUUUUUUUUAAUUGGAGAAAAGCUUGAGCAGUAAGUAGUUCGGCGAUGUUUGGGCUAGAAUUGAAGCAGUACCGGUUGAAUUUGCGUUUGCUUGGAUUUGAACUCUCCAUUUUUCACUGGUUUCCUAGCUAUGUUUGAUUGGAACGACGAAGAGCUAACCAACAUCGUAUGGGGUGAGGCUCGAGAAAGUGAUGAUCACAUUGUUCCAUAUCCUGGUCAAAUUGAGGAGAAGCCUGCAGUUUUAUUUGGCGAUCCCUCUAAGAAAGAAAUAAAUCAGCAAACUACAAACAUUAGCUCUGUUGAACAGAAGAAACCUACCGUUAAAUCUGAAUAUGCAGUUGAACUAGAUAGCAGUCCCAAGUAUGACACUUGUGAGCCUGUAACAGGAGUUGGUCCCCAUUCUGAGACAUCUUCAUCAAAUGCUGCAAAAGCUGAUCCGGAGUCUAUAGAUGUUGCUGCGUCAAGCAACAUAGCAAAUAGUUCAAAAAAUGUCUCUUUAAGAGAUGAGACAUCUCAAUUCGCUAAGGAAUCUGAUAUAUUUGAAAACACCCCAGAAGAUGGAGAACAUAGUGAUUUUGUUGAUUAUAGCUGGGCAAAUAUUGGAAGCUUUGACGAUUUGGACAGGAUUUUUAGCAACAACGACCCGAUAUUUGGAGAUUCCAGUGCUGGAAAUGUUGACGAGCUAUGGCCAUCUUCGAAAGAUGUAACUAGCAGCCCUCUUGGACCUGAUCCUUUGUGUGGCGAUUCUUUCGAUUUGCAACUGGGAGCAUUAAGAACCUCAAUUGAUGAAUCUGAGAUUAAGGAUCAACACAUGCUGGAUCCCAGCCAAUCAUUUAUUUCUGGCUAUGAAAAGCUGAACGUGAUUGCAUCUCAAGCUCCAGAGGAUGUACAGGCAAGCUUAGAUACUAAUGAAUAUUCUGGAGGUAAAAGUAACCUAUUAGUGAAAGAAAAGUUUAAAGACCAGAGGCAAAAGAGAUUACUGAAGGGUCAGAUGUUAGGCAAAAAGAGCCCCUCGCAACAAGUUAACAGCCACUGUACACCAAAAAUUAUCAACCCGUGUCCACCUUUGGUGCUGACUCAGCAAAUGCCAUAUCGGAGGCCCGAGCCUUUUCAACAAAACCACCGUCUUUCUGGUGUACCUUUGGCUUCUCCUAUGUACGGGAAUAUGGUGAAUCACUAUUCCGGCUACAAAGUUUCCUCUGCCAAUGCAAUUUCUUUGAAACAUCCGGCAAAUGCUCCAACAAUGACGCCAAGAGAAAAAAUCGAAAAGCUGAGGAGGAGGCAGCAAAUGAGAGCGAUACUUGCAAUUCAGAAACAACAGCAGCAGUUUGGUAAUCAUGUGUCCGUUCCAGAAUGUUCCGGAAUGGAAGCGGUGGAAAUGGAAAUUGAUGAAAAUCGUAAUAGUUUUCCUUCCGUUGAACCAAACACGCCUGUAGAGCAGUAUGAUUCCAAUGCAAACGGCAUGGCCUUUGAUAAUUGCUCUGUGGAGGAAUCAGUAAUUCAUCGGCUUCAAGAUACCAUUUCCAAAUUGGACAUUCGAAUAAGACUUUGCAUCCGCGAUAGUUUGUUCCGACUAGCUCAAAGUGCUAUGCAGAGGCAAUAUCCUAAUAAUGCAAGCAGUGCCCGAAUAAGCGGCAGGGAUGAAGUUGGCCGUGAGAGGUUUAAUAGAAUGGCUGAUGUAGAGACAGAUACGAACCCAAUAGAUCGGACGGUGGCGCAUUUGCUCUUCCACAGGCCUAUCGAACUUUCCGGAAGACCUGCUGAAGCACCUCAGUCACCCGUGUCUGCGGCCGAAACCUCUAAAAUGAAGUAGAAACUAUGGUUGUGAAUGUUGAGUUAGUUCCUACUUGUGUUUAUUCCCAGUUGUAUAAUUGUAUGUGUGUGUGUCUUUUUAGUUUUGUAUGUCGGUGUUGGAAAAUUUGAAAUGGUGAAGCUGCUAAAACUUCAACCGCAUAAAUAAAUCCUAGCUUCGGUAUUUGUCAUUCCUA